AUGGAUGACUUGCGUCGGCACGUCGACAAGUAUAUGCAGAUGGAGGAACUUGCUGAGAUCCGCAACCAAGCAAGGGCGGAAGUAGCUGCAAAACCUGAGAAGUCAGCCGAGAACAGUUAUCGUGGCCGCCCGAAAGAGCUUGUCCCCCGUGAGAAACCCCCUCGCGGGCCAAGUCUUAAAACGAGCUUCCACCCCCCUCUAGCCGAUACGACCAAGUCUUGCAGGUACCAUCGCAAUCGAGGACAUUCAACAGAGGAGUGCUCAGCUCUAAAAGACAAAAUUGAGGAUUUAAUCAAGCAAGGGCAGCUACAAGGUUUCGUUGACCGCCCAACCUCAUCCCGAUAUGCUGAAUGGUCUCGCCGACACGAUCAGCCCGAACAAGGGGGAGCAGAAAGACGCCCCUAUAGGGAACGCAGUCGGUCAAGGGGCCGAAGAGAAGAGGAACCUUCAACACAACCUCGACGGGUCAUCAACACUAUUGCGGGCGGAUUCGCAGGCGGCGGCUCCACCUCGUCGACACAACGAAGGCAUUUGAGACCCGUCCAGCACGUACAUGCAGUAGAAAAAAUCCAUCAUUGCAUGCCGAGCAUAACCUUUACUGAGGCCGAUUUUAAAGGCAUCGACCCAGAAAAAGAUGAUCCGAUGGUCAUUAGCGUGGAAAUUCACAACUGUAUUGUACGUAAGACCUUGGUCGACCAGGGGAGUUCAGCCGACAUCCUCUAUUGGAACACAUUCAAGCAAUUGGGCAUCCCGGAAAUUGAACUGGUUCCUUAUGACGAACCUUUGGUUGGAUUUUCGAGCAAGCGAGUCAAGACGAAGGGAUACAUCAAGCUAUCGACCAGGCCAUCCUUGAAUCAGCUCGGCGCAAUCGUCUCCACCCCGAACUUAGCCAUGAAGUUCCAGGCCGAGUCGGGACGAGUCAUCACUGUCCAUGCCGAUCAGAAGACCGCGCGAGAAUGUUAG